UUAUGAUUUGACGUCAAGAAAGUGGACGUCAUCUUGUAUGAAAAUUCUUUAUUUGAUUAGUUUUGUAAAUUAGAACUCGUCUAGUAGUUUUGAUAGGAGUAUGCAAAUACAUUUUGACCAAAUUUUAUAUUAUGUGUACUUAAGUAUAUAUUUGGUUAUUUAAAAGUGAAGUGACGGUGACGCUAUAUAUACUACUGUGUCGGUGAUGUAAUUUAGGUGAUUGGGUGGCUUCCUAGUUGCAGGCACUACCAUGGAAGAAUCCUCGUUCACUAUUCCAGCUGACGACAAUGGAGAUACUGAGCUCGAUCCUAGAAUUCAGGUCGAGUUGGAGAAGCUGAACGCGGCUACCGAUGAAAUAAACAAGCUGGAACUCGAGCUCGAUGAGUCUAUGAAAACGUUCCACCUGCUGCUCAAUGAGACUUCACGUAGACUACAAGGUCUGACAAAACGCUUGGGGACAUGUGUCGACAAGUCUCGGCCGUAUCAUGACGCGGUGGCGUCGGCUACCAAGGCGAGGUCGGAGUGCCAGCGAGCUGCGGUGCAGUUCCAGAGAGCUAGUGAACUGCAUGCAGCAGCUAAAGAGACUGUGACGCUAGCGGAACAACGUUUUGUGAGCAAGCAAGAUGAAUGGCAGUUCGAUAGCAACUGGCAGGAGGUGCUCAAUCAUGCUAUCAUCAAGGUUAUGGACGCUGAAAAAAGAAAAGCAGAAAGCGGACGUGAACAUCAGAAAAAAGCAGCUGCAUACAUCCUUGCUGAACGAAAGGUGACACAGCUGGAAGAAAAUCUGAAACGAAAUAUUAUAAAAUCAAGAGUUUAUUUUGAGGAGAAGAAAUUAUGCGACGAACAGCUUCAAGCGCAAAAUGAAAAGAUAGAGAAAUUACAGCGGCUCAUAGCUGACGCUAAGUUCAGAUAUUCGAAAUCCCUCAAAGCUCUUGAGGAGAUUUCCGAAGAAAUUCACAGACGAAGGGGUGAAUAUCCUCCAGGAAAAGAUACCAUACCAGUAGGACCGAGAGAGCCAGGUGUAGGGGCAGAAAGAGAUCCAAUACACGAUGAGACUCAGCUAGAAGGGAAUGAAAAAGAUGACGAAUCGAGUCUACAAGAACUAAGAAUGCGCGUCAGAGAAUUAGCUCUGAAGCCAAUUGACAGAAGUGAUGUGGAAACCGACGAAGCGUGGGCGCAGGAGUUAAAUGAAACCAUAAACAAACUAGAUCAAUUACUCAUGAUGAAGGAGACGACUCAGCAAAAGAAAUCUAAAUUCACUGAAAAUACACCGAGAAAUGCCAGCGCUCCUUCAACUAGCACUAACACAGCGCACAAAUACUACCCACCAAGCGAUAGCUGGAAGACUGAAUCAAAUUUAUCGCGAACAAAGUCGAAAAGUCGCGAAGUAGUUUAUGAAAAUACAAAUCCUAUGAGUAAAACAGAAAAAUCUAAGAGCAUGAUGUCUUUGGAUGUCCUCGCGUUAGCUAGAGACACUACCAUGAUGGAUAGAGAGUCGUACUUGAAGGCAGUUAUUGAGGAUAAGUCACCGACUGGGACGUAUACAGAGAGCAAUUCAGAUAGGAAUGACAGUCCUGAUGAUAUCCUAAUGGUGGAAUGCGAUUCAAGCGACUCUACCCAGAACCCAGUUAUCAGAAUGACCAGUUCUACCAUCACGGAUAGUGAUAACAGUUAAAUUUAUAAUAUUUUAUAAAAGAAAAUAACGAAUUUACGUAAAACGUCUGCACUAAACAUUUUGACUUAUCGUAUUUAAAAAAAAAUAGUAACGUCAAUUUGGUUGUUAGAUUUGAAAAAAAAAAACGAAAAAUUAGAGAAAAGAAAAGUUGUGACAUUCAAUGUUGUAUUGAAUCUUUGUUUGAUGGGGUUGUGUUAAAAUUUUACCUAUUAGCUGUAGCAUCCCUUAAACUGCACUCUGUGUUUAGGAUAUAUAAAAAUAUUUUACGAGGCACGUUUGAGUACUUAUAAAAUAAAAAUCACGAUUCUACUUUAAAUCGUGUUACGAUUACGACAGAAAUCUCUUAGACUCAAAAAUAUUCUGUAUUGUGCCGACACGGGCGGUUUCUGAAUAGUAUCUUUGAUUUUGCGUGCUAGGGAUAUAAUGACAUAAAUUCAAUACGAAUUGAGUUAGAAUCCUAUCAAUAGUAAGCAAGAUCAGCGGUAGAUCUUUAAAAACAGCCGUUUAUAAUCUCAUACUUCUCGUCUCUUAUUUUUAAAAAUUAAUAGUUAACUGCCAAGCUGCUUAUUAGCAAAUUUGCAAACUUACAAAAUUAAUAAUAAUUUUCCUUGUCACAUUUGACAUUGCUUUAUAGCGGUUAUGGAAACGUUUUAUGUACUCAUGUUAUGUUUCUCCACUUUUUGAAUCUAAUAAAAUAACACGAAUAAAAACUUAAUUUAUACUAUCGAAUAGCAAGAGCCAUAUCAGUCCACCGAGCUCACAAUAAUUUAUAAUAUAAUUAUAUAUAGAUCCGAAGACUAAUACAAUCUUCUAUUUUUAUGUUAGAUGGUAUAUAGGUUCUACAAUUAUAUAAAGACAUUUAGAAUUAAGAUUACCGUUUUAUGCUGAACUAGCGAUGACAAAGUAGGAAACAAUUUCAGUCGGCCUUGUCUGUGAUGACGUCAAUAAUACUACUUGUAUUAAAAUUAUUAUUUUAAUAAAAUCAAGUCCCUUUAAUAUAUAUGAUAAAGUGUAAAAGGAACUGGAAGGUAUUAUAAAACAAGAGUUAAAAGUUUAAAUUCAACCAUUAACAUUUCUUUAGCCAUCGACUUUGGACGUCAAUAAUUCAAACUAACCAUCUUUAAAAAUGCUCAAAUUUAACUCAUAUUAAUAUUUGUCAUUACUUGCAAAUAUCUAUUCAAUUAUUUGAAUGUAUAUUUUUUUUUUUUGGUAAAAAAAUAUUUUGUAACUAGGAAGAUAUUGUUCAUAUAUAUAUGAUGUAAGGAUUAAAAACUCAUUAUUUUCACUAUGAAAUAAAAAAUACUAUACUAACAAAAAUAUCGAUUAAUUUUACCCAAAUAGUCCUUGUGGAAUUUAGUUAGUGCCUUCAUUUAAAUUUUAAGUCGACUUCUUACUCGUACGGAGAAUGCUACGAAACGGUUAGUACUUAUAAGAGUUAGGAUUUAUUUUGUAUAACACUAGUGUUGUAUAAUUAAUAAUUUAAGACAGUUUGUCGCGCCAGGAAAAAAAUGGUACUAUAUGUACUACCGCAUAGGUUGUAUGAUUUUUUUUGUGAUUGUAAUUAUUAUUAAUUACAUAAGAAAUGGAACUGGGAUUGUCUAAAAUUGCAAAGCGUUUUUUUUUCAGUAUUGUCGUUGAAUACAAUUCGAACAUAUAUAUAUAUAUAUAUAAAUAUAGUGUAAAUUUCACUAUUUUUUAAACAAUGUUUCUAAUAACUUAUCAAAUCAUCAAGUUAAUUGUCAAAAAGUCUAAAUUUUAUUAAUAUGCAAUAUUUUUUUCAUAAAGAUAAUAUAUGUAUAUACCUAUAAAAAAAACUUUUAAAACACCAGCAACGUACAGCGCGAAUUUUAGCGGAAAUUUUACAAAACAAUUUGGUUCCAUAAUUAUUGUGAUAAAUUAAUAAUACAAUUUGAAACAAAAUACAGUAGUAGUGAAUUGAUUAAGUUUAAAAAAAAAAAAAAAAAAACAAAAGAAAAUGAAUUGGUAAUGUAUAGUAAACUUUUGUAGCUAAUUCUGUUAACAAGUAAACAGACUGACACAAUUUAUUAAGAUGAAUCACAUUUAAUCCUCGUUAGAAGUUCAUUGUACUUCACUUCAAAUUUUCGUCGUAAAUGUUAUGCACCGUUUAGAAAUCCGGCUGCACGCGCAAAUAACCACUUUUUCAAAAUUAAAGAAAAUAUAAAAUCAGUUAUUUAUUUUCCUUUGUAGUUAGCAUUAGAAUACUGAUUGUAGAAUUGAGAAAGAUUUUUAAACGAUAAUUCUAGAUUAUUCAUAGCAUAAACUGAUCUUUGUAAUGUGUAGCCGGACCACUUUACAGCACAAAAAAUUCUGAUUGUAAUAAAACUUCAACACGUCAAUAAAUGUUUUCAAAUUAA